AUUAUUAAAAUUAAAUUAAAUUACUUUAUAUUCCUGUGCUGAAGCACAUCAUCAACGAAUUUAAAUUAUAAAUUUCACCCGUCAACUCUAUUUUUCCUGUCAUUAGGGGUAUCUUUUUCAUGCAUAAUUUAUCACAAAUCCCAACAUCCUAAGAAUAUGCCAAUCUUUCUUUUGGAAAAGCUUUGUUUCUUUAUUUUAAGACAUAAAAAUAGAAUUAGAAUGGUAUUUUUUUUAAUGAUAUAAAAUUUCUUAUUGUGUAAACAUUUAUCAGAAAUUACAAGUUCUCUUUCUUCACAAGGCCAUGUAACAUUUGCGGUCAAAGUGAGUAAAACUUAUUUUUACUUUAUUAUAGCUUGACAGGGCAAAAGUUUAAUGAAGGUCAGGAAGAUAAGCAAACGUACCACUAGGUGGCGGUGUUCUCUGUGUUUAGACUACCUCUAUGACCAAGUCACUGUAUUUGCUCAGACAAGACUAGUGUUUCUGCCCUGCUUUGGAAGUUUCCCUGCUUCAACACAUUUGAUUUCAACUAGUGCCCUAACAAGAUUAGCUGAACUGCAGCCAUCUUUAACUAGAGAAACAUCUGGACUAGAAUCUAUCAAUGUUACUGCAGGGUUUUGGUAAUGUUAUAACAAAAAAUAAAAUCCCAGGAAAUCCUGUCUGCACUGACUUGAUGGUGAGAGAAAGGACUUUAUUUAAUCGAAAUGAUAAUAAAAUCAGAGUUUGAAGAAGAACAUACCUUGGUGCGGUUAUUAAAUGCCAAAAAAUAGAGAUUAUUUAUCAAAGGUAAACAUUUCAUCCAUUUAGAAAAAAAAGUUUUUUUUCUUCUCUCACUAAAAUUUGCAGUGUCUCAUAGAUACGUUUUGUUUUAUCAGAGGUGAUAAUUUAUUAUUUAUCAUUAAAUAGUAUUGAGAACCACACAGUGCCAGGGCCCGGGGCUGGCGGCCCUGUAAGACCCUGCUAACUUCCGGCCCAACUCACAUUUUCCACUGAAUCCAUAAAAGUUAUUUUUGAUUCAGUUUUUUUUUUUUUUUCCGUACCACUGCUGAUCUUUUAACAUCACCAUGGGGCAUUAUGUGUACAAAACAUUAAAAAGGGAAGCUACAUUUUGACAGAUGUAAUUCUCAAGAAAAAAAAAAAAACUUCCCAUAGAGCAUGACUGGAAUCUUUUGUAAUUCCUGUGGAUCUUUGUUUACUUUAUAGGAGCAUAAUUGCAUAAUUACACGCAUGAUUACCACCUAAAAAACCCCUGAGACCUGGAUAAAUAUAUGGGUUCAACUGACAGUGGAGUCCCUGGCUGCGUGGUGUGGUGAUUUGGAAGAAUGAGAGUUUGAGGUUGUAAACUUAGCCAAGGCCAUCUCAGUUUGCAUGUUAUUCCUCUGCCUUUGUUAUACUGUCAGUUACUCUGUCCUAGUCUUACAGACAAAAAAAAUUACAUAUAAGUAACUAGUAAACAUUUGAUGCUCUAAGGUGCCUUUGUUAACCAGUCGACAUUUUUAGAUCCAUUAAUUCAAUAGUACAUCUGAAAUGGCCCCAACCAUUGAAGCAGUGAACAUUUUAGACCUUUCUAACUGACAUCUGGGCCAAAAGGGAAGUUACUAAUGAACUGGUGCAUUUUUGUCAACUGUACUAUCUAGUACACUGGGACAUGUCUUAGUAACACAUGUACCAGUAUAAGUUAACUAGCUAAUAUGUUUUAGCUGCACUAGUGAAUAGGUAAAAUGUUCAAAGCUUUGAUGAGUGUACAUCCGGUCUUUGUUGGUAUCUUUCAUCUACAUUAAUAAUUUCCUUUGGCAUUUAUUAUUGAUUAUUUAUAACAUAACUUGACCUAUUGUUGCACAAGAGUCAACUUGUUAACUUGUUAAAACUUUUAGUCACACGAGUCAAAUGGUACACGCAUUUAAAUGUCACUACUAACCAGAGAGCAUGAUUUGUGUCAGCUAGUUCUCACAUUGAAUGCCAGCUAGUUAACUGUUUAGACACAAUGUCAGCUAGUGCAUAAAAAGGCAUAGUGAAGACAGCAGAGCUACUAGAAUAAAACUUCUACUUUUUGCUCCUAUUAGUUGACCAAAAAUGUCUAUUAGUUGGCCAAAUGUUUCCUAGGACCAGCAUCAAAUGUUGAUCUGGCUUGGGCAAAAGUAUAACUAGAAAUGUAUAGAUGUGAAAUUGAUGUUAAUGAUGACGUCAAAGAUAUUGAAUAAAUACAAAAAAAGCUUGUCAUAAACCUGGGCUUCCUUAGCGCCUCACUGGGCCACAGGCUGGAUGCCUUCAUGCAUAAUUCAUACAAAAGGAUCCCUUACCAAUCAUUGAGCACACAUACAGUACAUGAGCAAGCUUCCUGUACCCCAUAUUGUGUUUUAAAAUAUUUUUUUUUAUUGUUCUCACGUAAUAUUAAAUAUUAUGGAGAAACUAAAUUCUGGGUUUUCAUUAGUUAUAAGGUAUAGUCCUCAAAAUUAGCUGACAUAAAUGUAUGAAAUAUGAUGCUCUGUUUGUAACAAAUAUAAGACAAGAGUUUCAGAUUUUGACUUGAAAUCCAAACUAACAGGGACCACUGCUGACACCCUGUCCCACUCGCCAGGCUUUUCCGAAUCCUCUGCUGUACUUAAAAACGUUUCCACGUAGGCACGUCCUUUUGGAAAUCUGUGAGGUGAUGGCAAGUCUGGCAAUUAACUGUUAGAACGGCUUGCUAUACACGCAAGGGGCUAUCGGGUUCUAAUACUGCAUAGAUGAAAACCUAGACUAUUCUUGUUCGUAUGUCCACAAGAACGUGAUCCAUAAAGAUCCAUCCAGGGAAAAGACAGACAUUUGGAACCACUGUAAUAUGAGAAGGGACGGACCAUUGGUUCUUAAAGCAGCAUCUUUUGUGGAAUUUUCCGCUUCUCUGCCCUGACAUGUCCUCGUAAAACUGACAACUCGCUAAAACUCUCCAGUUAGCCGCUGUUUAAUAACAGCCAACUAUAGCUUGUCAUUAGAGGGCAGCGCGACAUAUAACUGCAGACAUAACUCAAGUUAGCAGCACGAAAAGAAGGACGACACUAAAAGAAUGGCUUCAAGUACAGAAACGCACAUCAAAGACAACGAUCCCCUGGAUCGCCCACCUCUGGACUUUGCUGCUACUGAAAGCUUUCUACAACAGUCAAUGACUAUGAUUUUAGAAGAUGCAGUGAAGAAGGCCACUGAUGUCAGACAAAAGGUUUGUGAGUGGCACUCCCCAGAGGAGCUGAAGGAGCUUCUGGAUCUGGAGCUUAGAGACAGUGGAGAGCCUGAGGCAAGGAUCCUGGAGCGGUGCCGAGAUGCCAUCAGAUACAGUGUCAAAACCACUCAUCCUCAUUUCUUCAACCAGCUGUAUGCGGGGCUGGAACCAUACUCCCUGGUGGCUAGCUUCAUCACCGAUGCCCUCAAACCCAGCCUGUACACCUAUGAGAUGUCUCCAGUCUUCACUCUGAUGGAGAAUGCUGUGCUCAGGAAGCUGAUACAGAUAGUCGGCUGGGAGGAAGGAGGAGAUGGACUCUUUAAUGCAGGUGGGUCAAUGUCCAACAUGUACGCCAUGAACCUAGCCAGGUACCGUAAUUUUCCUGAAAUCAAGGAGCUUGGAAACUCUGCAGCUCCCCGGCUGGCGGUGUUUACAUCACAAGAGUGUCAUUACUCCAUCUCAAAAGCUGCAGCUCUAAUGGGAAUCGGCACAAAGAAUGUCUUUGUGGUUCCGUCUGAUAAGAAAGGAAAGAUGAUUCCCUCUGCUCUUGAGGAGCAAAUAGAGUCUCUUAAAAGUGAGGGUGGAGUUCCCUUCAUGGUGAAUGCCACGGCGGGGACCACUGUCCUUGGAGCCUUCGAUCCUAUUGACGAAAUUGCAGAUGUCUGUGAGAAAUACAAACUGUGGCUGCAUGUGGAUGCAUGUUGGGGAGGAGCAGUUCUCAUGUCCAACAAGCACAAGCUCCUAAUGAAAGGAAUUCACAGAGUCGACUCUGUUGCCUGGAACCCUCACAAGAUGCUGAUGGCCUGUCUGCAAUGCUCAGCUUUCCUGGUCAGAGACAAAACUCGUCUCCUCCAGCGCUGCCACUCCGCUCGGGCUUCCUACCUCUUUCAGCAGGACAAGUUCUACGAUGUGAGCUAUGACACCGGGGACAAGUCGGUCCAGUGCAGCAGGAAGCCAGAUGCCUUCAAAUUCUGGCUAAUGUGGAAAGCUUUGGGAACCAGCGAGCUGGAGCAGAGGGUGGACAGAGCUCUCGCCAUGGCCAGGUAUCUUGCAGAUGAAAUUACAAAAAGGGAAGGCUUCCGUCUUUUAAUGGAGCCUGAAUAUGCAAAUGUUUGCUUCUGGUACAUCCCACCAAGUCUGAGAGACCUGCCAGAUGGUCCAGUGCUUCAGGAAAAACUACACAAUGUGGCGCCAGUUGUUAAGGAGCGCAUGAUGAAGAAGGGCAGCAUGAUGGUGGGCUACCAGCCUCACAGAGGCCAAGCCAACUUCUUCAGGAUGGUGGUGAUCAGCCCUCAGGUCAGCAGGCAGGACAUGGACUUUGUCCUGGAUGAGAUACACAGCCUGGGAAAGGAUUUAUGAUAUGCUGACAGUUUCUCAGGUUUAUAUAAUCUUCUGCAAGUUUAUAUAGAAUCAUUUGCAGAUUCAUGUCCCUGCAUAUCUUGUAUUAAUAACUCCAUCUGGGUUGAAAUUUGUUCUUGGAAUAUAUUACUUUUGGCACUUUUACCCUCAAUGACUCUUCCUCAUAUUUUCAAUUGAGUAAGCUGCUGAUAUCACAAGUGUAAAAAGCAAAGAGAUCUAAGUUUAUGGUGUGGGGUUUAGAUUUGGUUAUACUAGUAGUUUUCAGCACAAAGUUGUAAGAGUGCAAUGUUUAUUUCCAUGUCAUCUUCAGAUUCAUACUUUGUGUCAGAAAUAUUUUUUCAUGGAACUGGAGCAAUAAUAAACCAACCAUCUCUGGUUGUUCUGAAGCA